AUGGGCAAGUGGCAUGGUGGUAUGUUCUCAUCAUGGCCCUGUCGAUCAAGCAUUCUGCUGCCUGCGGAUUGUCCUUGGAUAUGGAAUUGCCCUGGUCCACAGCUGCCACAACUCAAAAUAUGCAUGGAACCUGAGCCAUGGUUAACCACGACGCGAGUCAACGAGCUUUCUUGCCAUGAUGAAUUGCUUCAUUCAGAAGGGCCACAAAUUUCGAGGGCUUUAGAAUCAGUCGAUAGUGAUCUGCACGCUCCAGAGUACCUCCACCAUUGUUUAAGUGUGCGAAAUAGCUGCCACGAAUGCAGCAUAUUCGUCGGCGCACCGGAGUACAAUUCAUGA